UUUUCAGAAUUUUUUACAAACAUUGUUCAAUGAGAAUAUCGUUGUUUUUAGUUACUUUAUUAACUGUUUUUAUUACCUCAAUAUUUCUUACUUUUAUUUUUCUUAAUUAUUAUACACAAAAAGAUAAAUAUACAACUUCUGAAAAACACCACGUUCCCCUUUUAGAAUCAAUACCGAAUAACGGAACGGUCGAUCCCCGUGUUCACUACGAAAAAGGACCUAACGGGAUGAUUGCUAAAAUGGAUAUUGAUUUGGGUAUUAUAAAACAUCCGAAAAAUAUUAAAAAAGAAGGAAAUAUUGAAGCUAAAAUUUAA